AUGACUCCUCCUCAGACACCAUUGCCUACCGACUCCAACGUUUCUCACCUCUCCCUAUGUGACACAUUCUAUAAACAAAACAUCAUUAAUGUCGAAGACAACGUCAUUGUAGAAACCACUCUCUCGUCCCUUGCUCACAUGGAAGAAAUAGAGAACCAACUAGCCAAGGAACCCACACAUAUCGCUGCCCCCAUCCUAUCCCAAAUCCACAUCAUACAAAGCACCGCAAAGCUAGAGCUCAGGCUCAACGACAUUGAGGACAAUGCCCUCAAACUAUCAUGCCAACACAUCCAGAGACGCAUUUGCUCUCUCACGAUUCAGCUUCUUCCUGGUUCUUUUAGUGACGUCUGCAAAGCAGUUAUACGAGUUGUUGCAGAACGAAACACGACCCAAGUCGGUCACCUGCCAAGCGCUGUUGCUAGCAUUACCACCAUUGAUGUACCUCCUCCAAGUCCGGUUAGAGAAGAUUCUCAACCCCUACCCAUUCCCCCACCAACCAGAAUCUACGCAAGAAAGACCUGUAAGGGAACAGUCAUCCAUGGAGUGACUAAAACAAAGUCCUCCAAGGGAAAGAAGCAGGAGGUAAUCGACCUUACCCUUGAUCCCUCCAUGUCCACCAUUACUAUGAAACAACCCAACCUCUCUGCAGACAAUUUCAUCUGUCACCAGUGCAAAGCACUUGGACACCGCCAUAAGAACUGUCCGCAAUACCACUGCCACGUAUGCCAGGCCCAAGUGCCAGGUCAUUUUUCUAUCUACUGUCCAUACACUCCGAAGAAGGAGCAAUUUCCGUUGGUCUACACCGACGAGGGAUUUUAUGACGCCCUGGCUGAAUGGGAAGCCAGGGAGGACCAGAAGCUUGAUGAGGAACUAGAGCGUGCUCAUCAUGAAUAUACGGUGAUGCGGGGAUGCACCAAAGAAAACAACAUCCAAUUUCAUAAUGCCGAAGCCGACCCUUGCUACUAUGAUAACAUGGACAGUUAA